AGCAUUCACACUACUUGUAGUGCCAGUCCAAGAAUCAUUACUUAAUUCUUCAGCUGACAAUUUAGAUAAAACUCAAUUCCUUAUAUUCAUGGCCCUUCAGGCUGCUGCCCUACUUCCUUCUGCUUUCUCUAUUCCCAAGGAGGGAAAAGCUAGUGCAACUUUGAAGGAUUCUAGUCUCUUUGGAAUUUCUCUCUCAUACCACAUUAAAUCUGAUUUUGGCUCUUUAUUCAAAGUCAAGAGCCAAAGAAGGUUGUCCCAUGGAUCUAUUAGAGCCGAGACAAUGGUUGCAACUCCAGGUGUUACUAAUGCCUCUGUGUCAGGAAAGAAAACAUUAAGAAAAGGGUGUGUAGUAGUUACUGGAGCCUCUUCAGGAUUAGGCCUAGCCACAGCAAAAGCACUAGCUGAGACAGGAAAAUGGCAUGUGAUUAUGGCAUGUAGAGACUUUCUAAAAACUGAAAGAGCAGCAAAAUCAGCAGGCAUUCCUAAGGAGAACUACACCAUAAUGCACUUAGACCUUGCGUCCCUCGACAGUGUUCACCAGUUUGUCGAUAACUUCCGGAGAUCAGGCCGCCCUCUUGAUGUAUUGGUUUGCAAUGCAGCCGUUUAUCAACCAACUGCUAAAGAGCCUUCUUUCACUGCUGAUGGAUUUGAGCUUAGUGUUGGGACUAACCACCUCGGUCACUUCCUUCUUUCAAGAUUGUUGCUGGAUGAUUUGAAGCAGUCUGAUUACCCUUCAAAGAGACUCAUCAUUGUUGGUUCCAUUACAGGAAACACAAAUACUUUGGCUGGAAAUGUGCCUCCAAAAGCAAAUCUUGGGGACUUGAGGGGAUUGGCAAGGGGACUGGACGGGCUGAACAGCUCGGCCAUGAUCGAUGGUGGAGACUUUGAUGGUGCAAAAGCAUAUAAAGACAGCAAAGUUUGCAAUAUGCUCACUAUGCAGGAAUUCCACAGGCGAUACCACGAGGAGACUGGCAUCACAUUUGCCUCUUUAUACCCGGGCUGCAUAGCAACAACAGGACUCUUCAGGGAGCAUAUUCCCUUGUUUAGGCUCCUUUUCCCUCCAUUCCAGAAGUACAUUACCAAGGGAUUCGUCUCUGAGACAGAAUCUGGAAAGAGACUCGCACAGGUUGUAAGUGAUCCAAGCCUUACAAAAUCAGGUGUCUAUUGGAGCUGGAACAAGAAUUCUUCUUCUUUUGAAAAUCAGCUGUCACAAGAAGCCAGUGAUGCAGAGAAAGCGCGUAAAGUGUGGGAAGUCAGUGAGAAACUCGUCGGUUUGGCAUAAAUUUUCCGGACUGAACAUAACUUUUGCCAAGGCAAAGAAGAAAAGAGAAUUCAUGAGUGAGGAUUUGAAUCGAAAUUCUGUUUUGUUGUAGAAAAAGGUUGUUACGUUGUAAGGUUCUGAUUUAGGAAUAAAAAUAUCACUCCAAUUUGCUUCCAAUAUGAAAGUGAUGGCCAUGUACAUUUUGGUUUCUUAUUUUCCUGCUUUUGUAUUGCAAUGGAUAAGAGCACUGUCCUGCCAAGGUGGAAGCUUCCAGUUCGAUUGUACUCUUUUCCCCUCUAAAAAUAAUUAUA